GUGGCCAGAUGAAUCACUCGUCUGUUGUAGUUCUUUUUUCACUCUCAGGUUUCAAUGCAACAACCAGCUAUACAGUCGCAUUAUUCUCUCUUACUCUACUAUGUUAUUGUCUUAUUUUACUGGUAAAUGUUGCUCUCAUUUUAACUAUAAUCUUCCAUCAGAACCUGCAUGAACCCAUGUACUUUAUUGUGUGCAACCUGUGUAUUAAUGCGCUUUAUGGGACUACAGGCUUUUACCCUAAGUUUAUGUAUGACCUGUUAUCUGGAGCUUAUGUCAUAACGUACGCAGGAUGCUUCCUACAAAUAUAUGUUGUUUAUUCUUAUGCAAUGGUUGACUACUCAGUUUUGGCACUGAUGGCUUAUGACAGAUACGUGGCUAUUUGCAGACCGCUGACCUACCACUCUGUGAUGACUCGGCAGAGGACUGUUGCUUUAGUUUGUUUGUGUUGGAUGGUUCCUCUGUGGUGUGAGCUGCUGGUCGUCGGCCUCACAUCAGUGCUCAAGCUGUGCGGUUCCCACAUCGACAAGCUUUACUGCGAGAACUGGUCCGUUGUUAAACUUUCUUGUGGUUCGACAAAAGUAAACGACGUAGUUGGACUCAUUGUUAUUGCGUUUUAUUUGGUUCAUGUUCUCUACAUCGGCUGCUCAUACGUCCAGCUUGUAAAGUCGGCCCUGAGCUCCAAAGAGGGCAGAGGAAAGUUUAUCCAGACCUGCGUGCCACAUCUCAUGUGUCUGUUCAACGUCAGCACUGCUUUGCUCUUUGACCUCAUGUACUCCAGGUACGGAUCGACAUCUGUGCCGCAGGGUUUAAGAAACUUCAUGGCCGUGCAAUUUCUCAUAAUUCCACCAGUUGUGAACCCAGUUAUUUAUGGGCUGAUCCUCACAAAAAUUAGGAGGAGGAUGAUGCUUUUGUGUACUUUGAUAUACCAACGAUUCAAACUAAAAGGGAUUGUCUGAAACAUGUUUCUCUUGCACCUCCAAUGAA